AUGGCACCAUCAAAAUCACCAAAGGCAGACGCCGCAAAAAAGACAGUUAAGACAGUCAAGACAAAGAAGAAUCCUGAUGAUAAGAAAAAGGCAAGAAGAAGAUAAGAGACUUUUGCUCUCUAUAUUUACAAGGUCUUGAGAUAAGUUCACCCAGAAAUUGGUGUUUCAAGAAAAGCUAUGAACAUUAUGAACUCAUUCAUCAAUGAUAUCUUCGAUAGAAUUGCCCUUGAAGCUAGCAAAUUGGUUAGAUUUAACAAGAGAAGAACACUCAGUUCAAGAGAAAUCCAAACAGCAGUCAAGUUGCUCCUUCCAGGAGAAUUGGCCAGACAUGCCAUCUCUGAAGGAACAAAAGCUGUCACCAAAUACACAAGUGGUUGACUU